UGCAGCACUUGCAGUGGGGUGGCACAGCCUUCUGAAUUUUGUAUUCAGCAUUCUGUAUUUCAGUUCAGUUCUCGCGCAGACGUUGGAGCGGACGGACGUGCCGCUCGUGUCGCGGUUAAUUUGUUAUUUCGAACAUUUGAUCCUGUCUUGAUAACCAGCUGUCGAGCAAGGGUAACUAUGCUGUCGCACACACUACCACCGCUGUGCGCGCUCUUGGUGGUAGCUUCCACGGCCAUUGCGCAGACUGAAACCGAAGCGCCAACCACCAGGGCAGCGAGCAGCACGCCAGCCAGCACGGUCCUCUGGGAGACAGAACCGCUGAACGAGGGCCAGGCGAUCCAGAAGGCCCUGCAGUAUCUGCUGAACCAUCGCCAGUUGGAUUGGGGCUGGGGGAAUGAUACUCAUCAUGUUAUGUUGACACUGCAGUUGGCUAACAACACUGGGAAAGAGAUUGAGCAGCAAAGCCUGGAAAUGCAGCUAUCUGCUAAACAGAUGGAAAUCGAAAUACUGCUCAUGAUGUCCAAGCACCACGAGUCCCCCCCACCGCUCGGGCGCCUCGCAGCAUACACACUAGCCCUGGGCGCGCUCUGCAAGGACCCUCGCUCCUUCCACGGCAGAGACCUGGUCUCCGCGCUACUCCAUAGAGAACCACCUCAUGACCUGGAGUUCGCAUAUGCAACUUUGGCUGCGUGUUCCUCGGCAGCGCAUGUCAGACGCCGCCAUAUUAGAAGGUUGUUGGAUAUCGCGAACGCGGCAGCUGAUCAUAGCCUGGACACCAUAUCGAUGGUGAUCCUGGCGCUCCGCUGCGUGGUGCAGGACCACCGGCACCGCAGCCUGCUGCACUUCGUGCGGCGCCCCAUGGCGGGGCUCGCGAGACAACAGCACCCCGAUGGGAGCUUCGGCUCACUUACAACUACUGCGUUGGCUAUACAGGCUCUCGAAGAGUCGGACAGCGGUCCGGGCGCGCAGCAGCACUGGAGCCUGCCCGCGGCGCGCAAGUGGCUGGUGGAGCGGCAGGCGGCGGAUGGCGGGUGGGGCGACGUGCAGAGCACCGCCGCCGCCGUCGCGGCGCUCACGCCCGCGUCGCUCGCCGCCGUGCGCCCGCCGCACUGCAGCGACAAGCUGCUCGACACCCGACACGAGCCGUUUGAGAACGGUGGUGACGGUAACCUGAAGGUAGCGUACCAGGCGCACACCGGCAACGACUCGGACGCUCGGAACGUGUCCUUCACUUACACGCUCUGGCUCGGCACCAAUGUUACUGAAAACUAUACCCUGUAUAUGGUGUCGCCAAGGAACGUCUCGUUCUACCACGUGAUGCAGCAGGCGGCGGAGCAGGAGCCGCAGUUCAAGUUCUCGGCGAGCUCGUGGCCGAACGGGCACUACGUGCACACGCUGGCGGGGCACGCGGAGGAGCCGCUCGGCUACCACUACUGGCUGCUGUACCGCCUGCCCGAGCUGCCCGACCCCGCCAGCCCGCCCGGCAACCAGCUCGUCGCGCCCGUCGGUGUCGACGACUUGCUAGUUGAAGAUGGAGAGCACUACUUGUUCUGGUACAAGAAGCUGUAAAUUUAUUCCGAUGUUCUUACAUAUACUUA